CAACCGCGGAAAUGUGGGGCAGCAGGGGAGGAGACAGCAGCCAGAAAGGUUUCGUUUUCUUACUAUUCACUCCGCUAACCAUUUCGUUUACCCGCUAUUAAAUUUAUAGACAUUUAAUUAGCAAUACGACGAUAGUAUUUGUAUUCUAAAUUGCGAAGUUUGAGUUGUUUGCUUAGUUCGGGAACCUUUCCGCGACGUCUCUUAUUCCUACACGGACUGCCGACGGACUGGGACCGUAAAUAAACGGUCCUAGCUACUCCGGCGGUCUGACAGCGGCGGCGAAACGAUGAAGAUAGAGGCUCUUCCAUGAAACAGAAGAGCGGUUUCGGGUGGGACGAAGUGGUGGCGUCUGUCUGGGUCGGUGUCACGGCGUGAGGACGUCCAUGGAGCCGUAUCGGCGGGCGGGAGUCGGCGGGCUCCUGUGCUCCCUUCCGCUGCUGUGCGUCCUGCUGGACAUCCAGCUAGACGGCGUGCUGGGGGCGACUCAGGCUGAGAUCGAGCACCACCUGGAGAUGGGCCGCAAGCUUUUGGCGGCGGGUCAGCUGGCUGAAGCUUUGUCCCACUACCACUCGGCUGUGGAGGGCGACUCUAAGAACUACCUGACCUACUACAAACGGGCCGCGGUCUUCCUGGCUUUGGGGAAAUCUAAAUCCGCUCUGCCCGAUCUGACUCGAGCCAUCGAGCUCAAGCCUGACUUCUUAGCCGCCCGGCUGCAGAGAGGAAACAUCCUGUUGAAGCAGGGGAACACGGAGGAGGCCAGGGAGGACUUUGAGUCGGUGCUCGACCGCUCUCCGGAGCACGAGGAAGCUCGCGAGCAGCUGAUGAAGGCCAGCGAGCUGGAGGGUCUGCAGGAGGAGGCCUACGCCGCACACCACCAGGGGGACUACAGCGCCACCAUCGCCAUUUUAGAGAGAGCCAUAGAGAUCUCUCCUUGGGAUCCGGACCUGCGGGAGCUGCGAGCCGAAUGCUACGUCCGAACGGGCGACCCGCAGAAAGCGAUCCAGGAUCUGACGCCCACGACGAGGCUGCGCAACGACAACCGGGCGGCGUUCCUGAAGCUCAGCCGGCUGCACUACAGCCUGGGGCAGCACCACGACUCCCUCAAUCACGUCAGAGAGUGCCUGAAGCUGGACCAGGACGACAAAGACUGCUUCAGCCACUACAAGCAGGUGAAGAAGCUCAGCAAACAGCUGGACUCUGCAGAGGAGCUCAUUCUGGAGGAGAGGUAUCAAGACGCCAUCGACAAAUAUGAGUCUGUGAUGAAGACCGAGCCAAAUGUGCCGCUUUACACCAACCUGGCAAAAGAGAGAAUCUGCUUCUGUCUCGUCAAGUUGAACCUGGCCGGCGAGGCCAUCGACGUGUGUUCAGAGGCUCACCAGAGAGACCCCCGCAACGCCAAAAUCCUGCGCGACCGAGCAGAAGCCUACAUCCUCAACCAGGACUACGAGAAGGCGGUGGAGGACUACCAGGAGGCGCGGGAGUUCGACGGCGACAGCAACGACAUCAAAGAGGGUCUGGAGCGAGCGCAGAAGCUGCUGAAAAUCUCCCAGAAGAGGGACUACUACAAGAUCCUCGGCGUCGGCAGAAACGCCAACAAGCAGGAGAUCAUCAAAGCCUACAGAAAGCUGGCUCAGCAGUGGCACCCCGACAACUUCCAGUCCGAGGCUGAGAAGAAGGAAGCAGAGAAGAAGUUCAUCGACAUCGCGUCGGCCAAAGAGGUCCUCACUAACCCGGAAAUGAGACAGAAGUUCGAUUCGGGCGAGGAUCCUCUGGACCCGGAGAACCAGCAGGGUGGAGGCGGAGGACAGAGGCCGUGGCCUUUCCACUUCAACCCCUUCGAUUCUGGAGGCAGCUUCCACUUCAAGUUCGAGUACAACUAGACCUGAGGGUUUGUGGACUAGAUCAUGGAUUGGGGACGUCUUUAUCCGCCUCGGAGCAGGAAAAACUCCCAACUUCAGACUUUUUCUUCUUCAAUCUGGAUCUUUCUCUGAAUCCAGAGGAAGAAUAUAGGAAACCUACAGGUGGUGGUUACAGGAAACGGAUGCAUUUUGUGCCAUUUUUGAAUCGUCUAGAGGAACAUUAUUUUUUUGGAGGGUUUUUUUUUCUGAAUUUUGAGAUUUGAGUCUCCUCUUUAAUAGAGAUCUUUUUUAUUUAAGGAGAUUCCCAAUAAAUGAGGUAAAAACGUGAAACUUUAAGGUUGAAAUCCUGUGGAUCAAACUCCGACGUUGCUGUUUUUAAACUGCAGCUAAUUGGAGAUUAGGAAAAAAUGCUGCACAUAUAAAUAAGUGUAAAGGCUUCAUUUCCAAACGUGUAGCAUUAAAAAGCCCCAAAUUGAAAAUGUGCUUUUUAAAAGCCUGGAGACUCUUCGGUCGCCAUCCGAGAAGCUGGUUUAUAUUUAGAACGUGACACGAGUCAGACGUUCUGCAGAGCCGGAGCUCGGGUUACUGCGGCGUUUGCACUUCAGAAAGACGUGGAGAAUGUUUAUCCGAAGGCGGGAAACAAAAAAAAAACAAAAAGUGACGGCUGCACACGACGCCAUGAAGAAUAAUGCUAAGCCCCACCUCCACUUUAUUUUUUUUUAUUUUGCACAACUUAAGUUAUUUUUGUUUCUACCAGAUUAAGGAGUGGAACUGGUUACACGGCUUAAUGUGUGGACUUGAACGUGACCGACGCUUUGUAUUUAAAGAUGAACUUAUUUGUUAACGGCAUCGAUUUUUCUGUUGCCAAACUGAACCUGCUGACAUGCUCGAGUGUAAUAAAACGUGGAAACGAG